CCUGCUACUAGAUUAUCUUGGGACAAUGGCACACGCGCUGCGUACAGGGCUACUUGGAGUGGCAAGCCGAGGGACCGUGCGGAACUUCAGUGCGUGGCUUGCUCUGGCGUUGGUCGCCCUGACCGCCGGCGUUUGCGAUGCGUUCGUAGCCCCGUCCGCCUCGCUGCCGCUGGCCGGCGGCUCCGCUGUAUCGAAAAUCGAUGGGCACAGUCGCGGUUGCAGCACCCGACCGAACAGCAGCGGCAGCGGCAGCCUUUCCAUGAGCGCGGACGGGAGCGCGACCAAAGGUGAACCGGCAAAGCUCGCCGCGGUUGUGUACACGUAUGUGGAUGGCAUGGUCGACAAGCGUGGGCCAUACCGAACGGACCACCUGGACUUGCUCAAGGCCAUGACGGAAGAGGGAACAUGCCUGCUUGGGGGGGCGUUCUUGGAGCCCUGCGACGGUGCCGUCCUCCUCUUCUCCAGCCCCGAAAAGGCCCAACAGUUCGUCGACAAGGACCCGUACAACACCGGCGGGCUCGUCACCAAGUAUCAGAUCCGCGACUACAUGGCCGUGGUGGGCACUAUGCUAUAGUGAAAGCACCAAGAGCGAGGCGUUCGCGGUCGCGGCGAGGGACCCGCGCCCGGUCUCCGCCGCCCUGUCCGCCACGAGGACGACGAGAAGGGUAGUUGGUGUUGUGUAGGCGUGUCUGCCCCGGGCGGGGCCUAGAGUGCGAGGCGGCGAAGACGGGUUGUUGUGAUCAUCUGCGGCGUGACUUCCAAAGAGUAUGGAGGAUUCGGGGAGAAACGGGGUGGUUGCAGAGCCGCAGGAUAGUAGCUCUGUGUGUGUGCAAGGAUUCCGAAACACAGCAAGCGGUUUGGCAGGGGGAGUAGCUGAUGCAGAGUUGUGUUGGAAUAAUACAUUUAUUUUCACUCUGGUGGUCGUUACGUAUUCUCCUUGGUUCCUUGUGCAAGCGGUUUGCACGUGAUAGACUAAGAGGUCACCAAAGCCAAAGCCCUAACGGGUGUUGUUGCCGUCUGGUGGCUGUGAAAGCCUGCCGCCCUCGGGCGUUUCGGAGAGACGCUUCUCCGCCAAGUGUCUAAGGAUACUUGAAGAGUUUUCUCAACAAUUGAAGACAUGGUGCAGAAUCAGGAGCGAAAGCGCUGUUUUCAAAUGAGGAACGUUGAGAUAUU